AUGGAUUUGCUGAAGACCGAGCUUCCCGUUAAUGAAGAAGCUUUUGUUAUUGGUGGCAAUCUUAGAACCGGGGUUAUUAUGGUCGACAUCAUUAAUGGCUUUUACAUUGUUGGCGCUGGCAACCUGGUAAGAAUUACCAAUCUGCAAAUUUUCUUACUAUUCCUUCCUCUUUCGUGUGUUCCACUUGAAUUCACUCCCCAAUCUCAAGCUCCAAGGCGGCCUGAUAAGAAACUUUUGAAAAUGGGUGAGGAAUUGAUGAGGCUAUCUCGAGCUUUCUAUAAUAAGAAAUUGCAUGUGUUCUCUUUCCUCGACACACACCAUAUUGACGUUCCCAAGCCUCCGUACCCGUCUCAUUGCAUCCCAAGUACUCAUGAAGCAAAUCUAGCUCCUAAAUUGUAG